CAACCCUCUUUUUCACUUCUACAUAAUAUAUCAGCGCCAUUUUCUCUAUUGACUUUUUAUUUUUGCUUUUUCGCAUCCACACACCUUUAAUCCGAAAGAAUAAAUAAUACCGCUUCUGACUUUGCAAUGGCCGAUCAGUUGCCAAUUACGUUUCAGGAGUAUGUGAAGCUCCCCGAGCUGGGCAUUGACAUAAGCAAUAUAAGCUUCAAUACACUGACGCUCCAGUCAGACAAAUUCAUUUGCAUUCGCGAGAAAACAGCACAGCGCGAGCAGGUAUGUAUCGUGGACUUGCAGGACACGUCAAAGACGUUCCGCCGGCCCAUCACGGCCGACUCUGCCAUCAUGAACCCUGAGAACACGAUUAUCGCCCUCAAGGCUGGCCGCAACCUGCAGGUGUUUAACCUGGAGCUCAAGGCGAAGGUCAAGUCGUGCCUAAUGAAUGAAGAUGUGCAGUACUGGCGCUGGCUCACCGCUUUUGACAUCGCCCUGGUCACAGAGACCUCCGUGUUCCACUGGUCCAUCGAGGGCACGUCGUCGCCGGUAAAGCAGUUUGAGCGCCACGCAAGCCUCAAUGGCACCCAAAUUAUCAGCUACUGCACAAACGCCAAGAUGAACUGGAUGGCGCUUAUCGGUAUUUCCGCUCCCCAGGGCCGCAUUGUGGGCAGCAUGCAGCUGUACAACAAGGACCGCAGUGCCAGCCAGCCUAUCGAGGCCCAUGCCGCCGAGUUUUCCGAAAUUUGGCUGGAGGGUGCGUCGCAGCCAACGCAGGUGUUUGCCUUCACCUCACGCGGUGCAGCUGGCUCCAAGCUGCACAUCGUCGAGAUUGACCAUGUCGACGGCAACCCGCCGUUUCAGAAGCGCUCGACCGAUGUGUUCUUCCCGCCCGAGGCUGUAAAUGACUUCCCCGUCGCUAUGCAGGCUGGUCCCAAGUACGAGCUGGUCUAUAUGGUGACCAAGUUUGGCUUCAUCCACUUGUUUGAUCUUGAGACAGGCGCGUGCAUAUUCACCAAUCGCAUUUCGGGCGAUACAGUCUUUGUCACGACGAAGCACGAAAACGGAAUCAUUGGAGUCAACCGCAAGGGCCAGGUCCUGUCGGUCAGCGUUAAUGAGGAUACGAUCAUUCCGUACAUCCUGCAGAGCACUGGUAACGUCGAGCUGGCUUUCCGCAUGGCCUCGCAUGCCAAUCUGCCUGGCGCCGACCAGCUCUAUGUGCAGCGCUUCCAGCAGCUCAUGUCGCAGGGCCAGCACGGCGACGCAGCCAAGAUGGCCGCCAGCUCGCCGCGCGGCAUGCUGCGCACAGAGAAUACGAUCAACCAGCUGAAGCACCUGCAGAGCCCACCGGGGCAGCUGUCACCUAUUCUCCAGUACUUUGCUACUAUUCUCGAGAAGGGCGAGCUCAACCGCUACGAGUCCAUCGAGCUGGCACGCCCAGUGCUUGUGUCGAACCGCAAGGCCCUGCUGGAGAAGUGGCUCAAGGAGGACAAGCUUGAGUGCAGCGAGGAACUUGGCGACAUUGUGCAGCCGCACGACGCGACGCUGGCUCUUUCGAUUUACCUCCGCGCCAACGCGCCGGCCAAGGUUGUCAUUUGCUUUGCCCAGUCUGGCCAAUUUGACAAGAUUGUGCUGUACUGCAAGAAGGUGGGCUACACUCCCGACUGGGUGUCGCUGUUGAUGCAAGUCGCGCGCCUGGACGGCGACAAGGCGUGCGAGUUUGCGCUGGCGUUGGUCAAGGAGGAGCCCCCACUUGUUUCGGCCGACCAAGUUGUCGGCGUGUUUGCCAGCCAGAACCUGGUUCAGCAGACAACCCGCUUUCUGCUCGAUGCGCUCAAUGCUGACAAGGAGAGCGACGCCCACCUGCAGACAAAGCUGCUGGAGAUGAACCUGCUGAACGCGCCGCAGGUUGCCGACGCCAUUCUAGGCAACAACAUGCUCUCGCACUUUGACCGGCCGUACAUUGCCCAGCUGGCCGAAAAGGCCGGGCUCUACCAGCGCGCCCUUGAGCUGUACGAUAACCUCGACGACAUCAAGCGCGUCGCCGUGCACACUGAGGUUCUCAACGCCGAGUGGCUUGUCAAUUACUUUGGCAACCUGUCUGUCGAGGACUCGCUGGCUGUGAUGCGCCAGAUGCUGGAGCACAACAUGGCACAGAACCUGCAAAUAGCCGUGCAGGUUGCAAUUAAGUACAGCGAGCUGCUGGGCCCACAGAAGAUCAUCGACAUCUUUGAGGAGUGCCGCUGCAGCGAGGGUCUGUACUACUAUCUGGGUUCAGUGGUCAAUGUGUCCGAGGACCCUGCAGUUGUGUUCAAGUACAUCCAGUCGGCGGUGGCUACCGGGCAGAUCAAGGAGGUCGAGCGCAUUGUGCGCGACAACAACCACUACGACGCCGAGAAGGUUAAGAACUACCUGAAGGAGGCAGCGUUGCCAGACCAGUUACCGCUCAUCAUCGUCUGCGAUCGCCAUGACUUUGUGCACGACCUGGUGCUUUAUUUGUAUUCCAACGGAAUGAGCAAGUACAUUGAGGUUUACGUGCAGCAGGUCAACCCGGGCCGCCUGCCGCAGGUUGUCGGCGCUCUUUUGGACGUGGACUGCGACGAGCACGUGGUCAAGUCGCUGAUUGCAUCCACGCCGCCGCAGUUCUCGGUCGCUGACCUGGUCGCCGAGAUUGAGAAGCGCAACCGCCUCAAGAUUCUGCACCGCUGGCUGGAGGCCAAGGCCAGCGAGGGGUCGCAGGACUCUGGCGUCUACAAUGCUCUCGCCAAGAUCUACAUCGACAGCAACUAUGAGCCCGAGCGCUUCCUGUCGUCGAACAAGCUGUAUGACCCGCUCAUCAUUGGCGCUUACAGUGAGAAGCGCGACCCUGGUCUGGCGUUUUUGGCGUACUCGCAGGGCCAGUGCGACGACGAGCUUCUACGGCUGACCAGCGACAACGGAAUGUUCAAACAGCAGGCGCGUUAUCUGGUUAAACGGCGCGACUUGGGUCUGUGGAGCAAGGCCCUGCUGGGAGACAGCGUGCAUACGCUUAACCAGAGUCACCGGCGCCAGCUCAUCGACCAGGUUGUGUCGUAUGCCCUGCCCGAGGCCGACGAUCCCGAGGAGGUUUCUGUGUGCGUCAAGGCAUUCAUGGGCGCCAAUCUUCCGAACGAGCUGAUCGAGCUCCUCGAGCGCAUCAUUCUCGAGGACACGCCGUUCAGCAACAACAACAACCUGCAGAACCUGCUGAUUCUGACGGCUGUCAAGGUGAGCCCACCGCGCGUGGCUGACUAUGUCGACCGCCUGAGCAACUAUGAUGCGCCGGACAUUGCCGAGAUCUGUAUCAACAAUGGCCUGCACGAGGAGGCGUUUAACGUGUACAAGCGCUUUGAGGUUAACACUGCAGCGAUUGGUGUCUUGAUCGACCACGUCGGCUCGCUGGACCGCGCAUAUGAGUAUGCGGAGCGGUGCGACCAGCCCGACGUGUGGAGCAGGCUUGGCAAAGCGCAGCUUGAGGGGCUGCGCAUCAAGGAGGCCAUCGACUCGUACAACCGGGCCGAUGACGCGAGCAACUACGCUGAGGUUAUCGACGUGGCUUCGCACGCGGGAAAGUUUGACGAUCUCGUACGGUUCCUGUUGAUGGCGCGCAAGAAGGUGCGCGAGCCGGCGGUCGAGUCGGAGCUUUUGUUUGCGUACGCCAAGACUGAGCGCCUGUCGGAUCUCGAGGACAUGCUGCGCGGGCCAAACAUCGCGCAGGUGCAGAAAGUUGGCGAUCGCUGCUACGACGAAGGCUUAUUCGAGGCAGCGCGACUGCUGUUCCAGAGCGUGUCCAACUGGGCGCGACUGGCGUCAACGCUGGUACGCCUUGGUGACUACCAGUCUGCGGUUGAUUGCGGACGCAAGGCCAACUCGACCCAGGUGUGGAAGGACGUCAACGCAGCGUGCAUUGCCGAGAAGGAGUUCCGCCUGGCCCAGAUUUGCGGCCUGCACCUGAUUGUGCAUGCAGAGGAGCUUGAGCCGAUGAUCAGGCUUUACGAGAGCAGUGGACAUGUUGACGAAUUGUGCUCGCUCAUUGAGAACGGCCUUGGGCUGGAGCGCGCACACAUGGGCAUGUUCACAGAGCUGGCCAUUCUGUACUGCAAGUACCGCCCGGAGCAGAUCAUGGACCACCUGAAGCUGUACUGGUCGCGCAUCAACAUCCCCAAGGUUAUCCGCGCGUGUGAGUCAGCGCACCUGUGGCCCGAGCUUGUGUUCCUGUAUGUGCACUACGACGAGUAUGACAACGCCGCGCAGACGAUUAUCGAGCACUCUGCGGACGCGUGGGAGCACGCGAGCUUUAAGGACAUCAUCGUCAAGGUAUCGAAUGUUGAGCUGUACUACAAGGCGUUGCGCUUUUACCUCAAGGAGCAGCCCCUGCUCCUGAACGACCUGUUGAAUGUGAUGAUGGGGCGCGUCGAUCAUACACGCGUGGUCAGCAUGUUCCUAAAGUCAGACAACAUCCCACUGAUCAAGACAUACCUCGUGUCCGCGCAGUCGACCAACAACAAGGCGGUCAACGAGGCGUACAACGACCUGCUCAUAGAGGAGGAAGACUUUGUGGGCCUGCGUAACUCGAUCGACAACCACGACAACUUUGACGGCAUUGGUCUCGCGCAGAGACUGGAGAAGCACGAGCUGCUCGAGUUCCGUCGCAUCGCAGCGCAUCUGUACAACCAGGCCAAGCGCUGGAAGCAUUCGCUGAGCCUGUCGAAGAAGGAUAAGCUGUACAAGGAUGCAAUGACCACAGCGCGGCAGUCGGGCAAUACCGAAAUUGCCGAGGAUCUGCUGCGGUACUUUGUCGAGUCAGGCAAUCCGGCGUGCUUCUCGGCAUGUCUGUUCACCUGCUACGAUAUGGUUCGCUCGGACGUCGUGAUGGAGCUGGCUUGGAGGCAUGGGCUGACUAACGAGGCCAUGCCGUAUUUUAUCAACCUUAUGCGCCAGUACCAGGGCAAGGUGGAUGCGCUGACGAACGAGGUUAGCGAGCUUAAGGCCAAGGUCGAGCGCGGGGCCGGCGGCAAUGGGGCCGCUGCUUCUGCCGCCGGGAGUGGUGCUAAUCAGCUCAUGGGGCCGGCCGGCCUUGGCGGGCGGCUUUUGCUUGGUCCAGGCGGCCCGGCUCCGAAUGCGUUUGGCGGACAAGGUGGGCCUGGCAGCAUGAACGGGUCACAGUUUGGCGGGUUCUAGGGUGUCUUUCUUCUUUAGAUUUGAUUUACGUGUUUUUUGGUCUCAAUGGUUGCAGUUAUAUGGUUCUAGUCGGAAGUAUGACUAAAUUUAAUCAGCUGAAAGAAAAA